UCAAAAAUAGUCGAAAAUUUAAAAAAAAAGUGGGAAAUAGUCAAAAAACUCGAUAAAUCAAUAAGUCGGAAAAAGUCGAAUAAGUCUGAAAAAGUAGUUUAAUAUAAUAAGCCUUUAAAAGGUUAAAUCAUUGGGAGGUUCUAAUACAGUUAUCGUUGUCAUUUACAUCAAAAUAUUAUUGCAAAAAUAAAAUAAUUCGUAAGAAUUGGAAUUUGUUAAAUAUUUUUAAAAUAUAAAAAAAAACAUGUUCUCUCUAAGAAAAUAUGAUAUAUUUAAGCCUGUACUCUUACGUUGGACCAGUACCAAGCAAAAUAUUAUGCCCAAAACCCCCAAAAAAAGUGAAGAAGUACAAGACAAAUUGCCCUCUUCUAAGUCACAUACAAUAGCUGUUAAUAAUUUGCAAGAUUUCAAAGAUCUGCUAGAAACUAAAAUCGAGCAAGAGCGUUUAAAAAUUUCAAAAUUUAAGAGAGAAUAUGGUAGAAUAAAAGUUGGAGAGAUAACAGUGGGCCAACUGUAUGGCGGCAUGCGUGGUAUGUUGGGUUUUGUCUGUGACACCUCCGAUUUAGAUGCCGAAGAGGGUAUACGUUUUCGAGGUUUUACUUUAACGGACAUACAAAAACACUUGCCAAAAGCUGAAGGUGGCAGAGAACCCUUGCCGGAGGCAAUGUUUUGGUUAUUAGUUACCGGGGAAGUGCCUAGUAAAACGAAUGUGGAAUUUUUGUCGAAGAUGUGGGCGGAAAAUAGUCAAUUACCGGAAUAUGUGCAGAAAAUAAUAGAUUCUUUACCGAACGAUAUGCAUCCAAUGACACAAUUUUCUAUAGCGGUAGCAAGUCUUAAUAAGAAUUCCAGGUUUAAUAGAGCCUAUAAUGAGAAUAUCCGCCGCUUGGACUAUUGGAAGUUUAUUCUAGAAGACAGCAUGGAUCUUUUGGCUAAAUUACCUUCUGCUGCUGCCUUGAUUUACAACAACACCUUUAAAACUUCAAAAUUCGAAUAUUCUGCUAAAACUUCUCUAGAUUGGAGUGCCAAUUUUGCCCAUAUGUUAGGAUUUAAUGAUCACGAUUUUAAUGAACUCUUGCGUUUAUAUUUAUCGCUACACUGUGAUCAUGAGGGAGGCAAUGUUUCGGCUCAUGCUUGUCAUUUAGUAGGUUCAGCUUUAACGGAUCCUUAUCUAGCCUUUGCAGCAGGUUUAAAUGGUUUGGCGGGGCCUCUGCAUGGUCUGGCCAAUCAAGAAGUGCUCAAAUGGUUAGAUGAAUUGAUUAAGGCCAAGGGUCCAAAUGCUAAUGAGCAAGAUAUUAAAGAUUUCUGUCAAGAUCAAAUAAAACAAAGCGGCAAGGUUAUACCCGGUUAUGGUCAUGCUGUUUUGCGCAAAACUGAUCCUCGUUUCAUCUGUCAAAUGAACUACGCCCAACGUGUUAUUCCCCAUGAUCCCCUAGUCAAGUUAGUAACGACAGUUUAUAAAAUAGUACCGGACAUCUUAAAAAGUUUGGGAAAAGUUAACAAUCCUUGGCCCAAUGUUGAUGCUCAUUCAGGUGUUUUAUUAAGACAUUUUGGCCUUAACGAAGCUUCAUUUUACACCGUACUAUUUGGAGUUUCACGCGCUUUAGGUUUAAUGGCUCAAUUGAUAUGGUCCAGAGCUUUAAUGUUGCCUAUAGAACGUCCUGAUACUAUAACUACAAAUUUACUUAUGGCUAGAGCCAAAGUCAAUAGUGGUUUAAAGGUAAUGGAUGCAAAGUUUAAAUAGUGAAAGCGAAGAUUAAACGUAAUUUUAUUAUUUUUUUUUUAUUUUGUUCUAUUCCAAUUGAAUUUUAUUAAAAUUAUUUUAAUUUAAAAAUAUAAACUUUUUUUAUUUUGA